AUGUCCAUGAUGUCCUUGAAAUCAGCAGUGACUUCCCCGUCUUCUGGCCUUGUCGGCGGUUCUGUGGAAAUUCGGAGUGCAUCGAGAGUGAUCAAAUGCGAUGAGCACCAAGGAACGGUGACACUUGAGGAUGGCAAUGUUUUCCAGGGUGACUUGGUCAUUAGAGCAGAUGGAAUUCGCAGUAUUGUCCGCAAGCAUCUCCUGCAGGACUCGCGUCCGAUGCCAACCGGGCUAUCAGCUUAUCGUCUAAUGAUCCCUACCAAUGCCCUUGAGAAAUACGAACCGGAGUUCUGCUCAAAGAUCAACCAUUGGGAUCCAUUCACGUCUAUGAUAGUGGCUCAUGACUGUCGGUUAAUCAUGGGACCUGGUAGACAGGGAGAGGUAUACGGAGUUGUUGCACUCGUGGCAGAUGAACAAAUGAAGGAGGAUCCGAACUCCAAUCAAUUCUGGGUUUCUGAGGGGAAUUUGGACAAGAUGCUGGAGACCUUCUCUGAACAUCCUACUUGGGUCACAAAUAUUUUCAAACACUCGGCAAAUUUCGGUCCAUGGCAGCUGCAUGAUUUGGAUCCACUCAAGAAAUGGCAUCCUGGCCGCAUCAUCCUCAUUGGCGACGCUGCACAUGCCAUGUUGCCUACUCAAGGACAAGGUGCUAGCCAGGCGAUCGAGGAUGCCGAGGCAUUGGGCGCUUUCUUCGAGAAUGUUUCGGAGCCACCGUCAACGAAAGCUCUCAUCAAGAUCCUUGAAGAAAUCUUUCAAGCGCAAUAUUCCCGUGCUAGCCGAAUCCAAGCGUUUAGUCGACAAGCUGCGAAGCCUGCAGCGAUAGAGGGCGACAAGACCGUGACCAUGAGCCCCGCCGAAUUCAUGGACUUUAAUUGCAUGUACCGAGGCGCUAAAGCAUGGAAGAACCAAAUGGAUGCCACCGAGUCGGAAUGA